GGAGUGGGAGGGGCGUGUGCGUCCCCAGGGAUGGUGCCGAAGUGAUUCUCUGCGCCUUUAAAGUUCCUUUUACACACAAAGAGAAAGAGGGAGGAGGAAAAGUUUCAUCAUCACCCUCAGAGUCCUGACUUAUAAAAACUUUAACCUCACUCUCACUCACUCACUCACUCACUCAAGUAAUCCAAUAACUCUCACACACUUGGACAACGUUCAUUUCUGACUUAGCCGCGAAACUCCUGGCCAGGAGUUAACUUUACUAUUGUCUUUCUCUCUCUUCCUUUGCAUUCUUCCCCUAACUAACAAUCUAACUGAUUCUGAAGCGAGGAAAGCAGCAGCGAGAGAGAGAGAGAGAGAGAGAGAGAGAGGGGAGAUCGGAGGGGGACUCGUUCGUCCAUCAGCUCAGUCCGAAGAUUUUUUCCCAGCGUCCCUGAGUCUGAGGAUGGAACUCUUACCUGAGCACAGCAAAUCCCAGGGCAGAAACACUCUCAGAAGUUGUCAUCGGUCCAUCUUCGGCAACAUUAAGGUGUUUGUGCUUUGUCAUGGACUCCUGCAAUUGUGUCAGCUCCUCUACAGUGCCUACUUCAAGAGCAGCCUCACCACCAUUGAGAAGCGCUUCGGUCUUUCCAGCUCUUCUUCUGGCUUUAUCUCCAGUUUAAAUGAGAUCAGCAAUGCUCUUCUCAUCAUCUUCGUCAGCUACUUCGGCAGCCGAGUUCACCGGCCCAGGCUCAUUGGCAUUGGGGGCCUCCUGCUGGCCACAGGAGCUUUCCUUCUCACCCUCCCUCACUUCCUCUCGGAGCCAUACCAGUAUUCCCCUCUUCUUGGGGCAAACACCAGCGAAUCCCAGGACAUCUGCCAUAAGAAUAAGAUGGAUCUUGUUCCAAAUAAGUGUCAGAAUACUUUACGGGAUUUCAAGAAGGAGACCAGUAGCAUGUGGGGCGUGAUGGUAGUGGCUCAACUAUUGGCUGGCAUUGGGACUGUGCCCAUUCAACCUUUUGGUAUUUCCUAUGUGGAUGAUUUUGCGGAACCAAAUAACUCACCUUUAUACAUUUCAAUUUUAUUUGCCAUUGCUGUGUUUGGACCAGCUUUUGGGUACCUGCUGGGGUCGGUGAUGCUACAGAUCUUUGUUGAUUAUGGAAGGAUUGAACCAGCUGCUGUGUAUCUGAGCCCUAGAGAUCCCCGAUGGAUUGGAGCCUGGUGGCUAGGUCUACUCAUUGCCUCAGGCUGCUUGGUCAUCAUAUCUUUCCCAUUUUUUUUCUUCCCUCGAAGCAUGCUCAGAGGAGAGCGGAUAUCUACUGCUGCAGCAGAAGAGAUGAGGAAGAUGGAGGAAAUCAAGCACAAAGGCUCUCUGGCAGAUUUCAUUAAACGGUUUCCACGCAUUUUCAUGAGACUGCUGAUGAACCCCCUGUUUGUCUUGGUGGUCCUGACACAGUGUAGCUUCUCUUCAGUCAUAGCCGGUCUCUCCACCUUCCUCAACAAAUUCCUGGAGAAGCAAUAUGGAGCCACUGCAGCUUAUGCCAACUUUCUCAUCGGGGCUGUGAACCUCCCAGCAGCUGCUUUGGGGAUGCUGUUUGGGGGCAUCCUUAUGAAACGCUUUGUUUUCUCCAUUCAUACCAUCCCCCGAGUGGCUACAAUCAUCCUCACCAUCUCCAUGAUACUCUGCCUUCCCUUGUUCUUCAUGGGUUGCCCCACACCACUCAUUGAGGAGGUUAACACAAAAAGCACACCAAGUUCAGUAAAUCCAGCACCACCAACUUGUCGUGAGGGGUGCUCAUGUCCUGAUAACAUCUUUCACCCUGUCUGUGGGUCCAAUGGAAAAGAGUACAUCUCCCCCUGCCAUGCUGGCUGCACGGACUUCAACAUCAGCUCCACAAAUUCAAAACAAGUGACCUAUUUGAACUGCUCCUGUAUCUUAGAUAACAUCUCUUCAGCAAAGACGGGAUCAUGUCCAAUUCCUUGUGCUCACUUUCUGCUCCCCACCAUUUUUCUCAUCUCAUUUGUUUCAUUGAUUGCCUGCAUUUCCCACAAUCCUCUCUACAUGAUGGUCUUAAGGGUAGUGAAUCAGGAAGAAAAGUCAUUUGCUAUAGGAGUCCAAUUCUUGCUGAUGAGGUUGUUGGCCUGGUUACCCUCUCCAGCCCUGUAUGGCCUUACUAUUGAUUACACCUGCAUCCGGUGGAACAAGCUGUGCUUAGGGAAGAAAGGAGCCUGCGCUUAUUAUGACAAUGAUGCUCUUCGCAACAGUUACUUGGGACUACAAAUGGGCUACAAAGGACUAGGCUUAUUGCUGCUCAUUUUCAUCAGCUGGAGAGUGAAGAAAAACAAAGAGUAUAAUGUGCAGGAAAAAGCAUCUGGAUUGAUUUAGUAUUCUUCAUUUACUCCAGCUAUGACCUCCAGAAGAACUGGACUCCAAGCUGCUUCCCUCUCACAACCCCAGCUCCCCCAAAACUGGUAUUUACAAAAGUUAAUAGUUUUCCUUUUUUUAUAACUGGGAAGGAGAGGAGAAAAAAAACAGACCCUUUUUUAUUUUUCAAAAACUUACUCUCACUUACUUGAGCUCUGUAAAUGUUUAUCUGAUCUGUACACCAUAUAACCCAUGGCCAAGGAAUCUACAGUUUCCAUUGGACAUGGAGCAAGGACUAGCUCUUUAUUCAGAACUCUGACUUCAACAGAGUCAACCAAUCACUUCUCAGGAGCUGCCCAGGAUUCUCUACUUAGGGCAUUCCAUAUCCAGAGAAAUAGAGCUUAGGCUCCCAAAGAACAGAAUUGCAAGAUAAGGUAUAAUUGGAGACUAUAUCCACCCACAAUACAGAAUAUUGACCUUCCUCCUGAUCUGGGAGCCAGGGACUAUGUGGAGAAACAUUUUGCUGGUAAUACAAGAGUGGUGAUUUCCUCUUCUGAAAGAGAUAAAGAAAGGAAUAGGUUCAUUCUUUUGCGUAUAGUCUCUUGGGACUUAAUAUUUUGGCUAUUAUAGGCUGUUGGGAUGCACUAUGUUCCAAGGCUAAAAAAGAAAAAGGAAAUUGUGUUGAAGGAGGGACAAUGGAUGGAACUAGGAACAAGUGGGUGCUGAGUGGCCUCUUAUCAGCUCCUCUUAUCUUCAGGAAAUGUUGGAGCCUCUACUGCUCAGUGGAGCCAUUCUCAGUGACUUUACACUCUCCUGCUCUACCCUUAGCCAACUCAACCAGACACUCAAGAUGGCAAAGUGACUAAUCCCUCAGAGGGCUUCUAAUAGUUUCCAAUAGAAGUCCUUCAUCAUCCUCAUUGAUGGAAUGCAGCAAAAGCACAGAUAAUUCUCCAUAAUGGAUUGCCAAAAUAUGAAGUUUCAAUGUCAAGAUCAAUUUUUGUACUUACAUUAUCUUAUUUGUGUCCAAUGUUCUAAGAAUUUACUUCAAACCAAAGAACAAGACCCUGCUGUGGAGUAGGAGAGGUGUCUAGUUUCCUUCCCCUUCCCUCCUUUACCUGACACUUCAGUUCAUUCCAAUCCCACUUUCAUUUAGAAGAAAUGACUUCUUCUCUAGAGUGAGAGAAGAAAGAGAACAUUUUUAUAAAACUACACCAUUUCAAAUCUUCUUUGGACCCGACCAGGAAACUGAAUCUGCCAUGCAAGGGUUCUCUUUCCAAGCAUCAGGCUACAUAGAACAAUGAAGAAAUGGAGCAAGUUUGAAAUGUUAACGAAGCAAGUGAUUUAUUUGAGGGCUAGUAACCUCAAAAAAGAGUAGCAUUUAAAAAGAGUUUGUCACCACAAAAUGUAAUAUAGAUUUGUCAUUAUCUUCAAACAUAUUUGUAAUUAUAAACAUUUUUAAAA